UAUCCGAGCAGCCCCUGAAGGCAGCGCAGUCGCAGGCCAGCUCUCCCAGCUGAAGCUUCAGCUCCGACCAGUGACAACAAACCAUCCCUCAGGUGUCUUUCUGAGUCUGUCCAGCAUGGAGGUCUCUUCAGGGGCCGCAGCAGCUCAGCCCCCAGUGCGCAACUUCUCCCAGGUGGUGUUCAACAACAUCCCCCAGUCAUACCCCCCCUCCACCUCCCUCACCUGCCACUACACCGCUGCCUUCCAGCCUCACCCCCGGGACUGGGUGGGCAUCUUCAAGGUGGGAUGGAACUCAGCGAAGGAUUAUCACACCUUCGUGUGGGUGGAGCCGUGUCUGGAUGUGGUCGGUCAGGAGUCCGUGAGCAGGCAGACGGUUUUUAAAGACUACUACCUGCCCAAGGACGAGAUGGAGUUCUACCAGUUCUGCUACAUCGACGUCACUGGUCAGGUGCGGGGGGCCAGCACUCCCUUCUGCUUCAAAAGCCCCGAGGAUCAGAGCUUGACCUCCAGACUGGAAGAUGACAUCCUGGUGGUUACGACACAGGAACAAGUGGAUCAGAGCGUCCGCGAGCGAGACGAGCUGCAGAAAGAGUUGGAUCAAAUUCGGCUGGAAAACCAAACCCUGAAACUUGCUUUAGAGAAGGAACAACAAGACGCCGCCGUCGUCAAAGAGCAGAAUGAAGAGAACGAGAAGGAGAAGAGUCACCUGGUCAGAGAAAUGGAUCAAAACAAGGAAGAAAUUGAAAACUUGACCAGCACCUUACAGCAGAAACUUCAGGAAAUGGAAACUUUGAAGGAGGAGCUGAUGGUCCAGAUGACCAAGCAUCUGGAGCUGGAGCAGCACAGAGCGACCGAGCAGAAGAACCUGAGCCUGAGUUCUGACAGAGCAUCAGCUGAAACCGAGAAACACUCUCAGGAGAAAUACGACCGAGCUGUGAUGAAGAUCAAUCAGAUGAAGGACGAGCGGAAGGCGAUGAAGGAGACGAUCGAUGCUCAAAGUCAGGACAUCACCAAGCUGAGCUGCAAACUCAGAGAAGGAGAACGGGAGCUGCUCAACACAGAAGACAGAGUCCAGCUUCUACAGGUGGAUCUCCAGAGCAGUGAGAAACAGAGGGAUCGGCUGGACGCAGAGCUGCAGAGAGUCUCACUCAACAUGGAGGACGUGAAGAGGGAGAACCAGGAGCUCUGUCUGAGGCUGUCGCAGCAGGAGACACAGCAGGAACCAGCAGGAGAUCCCGGCUCUACCGGAGGUCCUCUUCAGGCGCGGUGCCAGGCGCUCGCCAGCCAGCUGCAGGACACUCAGGUGAAGCUGGCGACCGAGAGGGACGACACCAGAAACACCAAGAGACAAGUUGUGGGUCUGAACGAAGAACUGAUGAAUAUGAAGAGGCAGCUGGAGAGCUUGGUGAUGACUGGUGAUGAGGCUCAACGGAGGGGCAACAAACUUGAGAUGCAGCUCAGAGAGGCCCAGGAGUUGCUGGCAGAUAAAGACGGCCUCAUCGAGGAGAAGGAGCAGAUGAUUCGGCUCCUGAAGCAGGAGAACGAAGCGCUCACCAGAGAAAACAACAAUCUCCUCAGCAACAUGGAGGGCCUGCGCUCAGCGUACGCCGACCUCAAUGCUCCCGCCAGCGACUCGCCACACGUGCAGCCGGACUCCGCCUCUCCAGCUGCAAACACCAGAUCCAUCCCUGCACCGGAUCCGGCUGAGCACCUGUACGACGUCAUAGAGGAUGUUGCAGAACCAGAGGAGGAGUUGUUGGUGUGUCGUCACUGCCACGAGAGCUUCCCUGGCAUCACCCGAGGUGAACUGGAGCAGCACGAGGAGAGCCACCGAGUGUGUCCCUUCUGCACGGUGAUCUGCGACCACAUGGAGCAGUCCAUGUUCGAGGACCACGUCUACAGCCACGAGCCCUGAGAUCGGCACCGCGGGCAAACUCUGCCGAGGCCGGGGAAAUCAUUUUGACAAAUCCUGUCGGUUAGGUGGUCAUGUUUAAAAUACCAUUUUUCUGCUUAUAGUAAUUUACUGCCAAUUAUAUUCAACUGUAAAACUGAUGCUCUUUACGCUUUACACAUGAUAGAAGUGGUGAAGGGGAGAAAAGCCUGAGGAGCAGAUGUCAUCAUUUAUUCUUGGGCUCUGGAGGAGUUUCAUGAAUUCAGAGAAAGAUUCUUUAAAGUGAUAUUGAACCGUUCUCCGGGAGUCGAAGAUCUGCUGCUUUAAUUCUAACGAUUCCUUCUUAAAUCUGAAGUGUGAAUUCCAGGAGUUUUAAAGUUUACUGUUCUCUUCUGGUUAUCAAAUCCAUCACAUCCAAAUUUAUUAUUGAUCUUUCAAUUACUUAAUUUAAAAAGGUCUAAAGACGAAACAGUUUAUUUUCUUUUAAACUAAAGCUAAUAUGAUGCCAUUAGAGUUUCUGUAGAGAGAUAAACAUGAAAAAUGGUGAAGGGGCAAAAACUUACUCAAGUAAAUCAUGUGAUCUUAAAGAAGACGAAAUAUAUUUAUCACAAUUAUUCAUUUCCUUUGAAGCUGUGCACUUAGUAUCUCAGAAUUUAUUUCUAUGAUCACUUCUAUGGAUUCAUGUUUUUAUUUUAAUGUUUUAUUUGUUUUAAAUAAACUUGACAGGAUGAAUUGUUGAUGUCGUUCCAAUCGAACCGGUGAGUUUGUGCCAACGACCAUAAGCACAUGUAAAAUGGUCCAGAUGAUUUAAUAAAAAUUAGGUUCAACUUGUGCAAUAAA